GAUGACGAACUUUUAUGGUCCUCGUAGUCAUAAAUUCCCUUGUUUGCACCAAAUUUCUGGUAGAGGUCUAAUUCGUUCACUGUAUCGUUUUAUAUGUUUUCUCUUUAAUCCCUUCAUUUUCGAACUUAGCUACUUUUUAAUCGUCUCUUUCCUGGGUUAUUUGGCUUUGAGGGUCACAAAACCAGGAACUAGAACUUCCUUUACGCCCAAGGACUUCGAUUUGUUCUUCACAUCUGUGUCUUCCGCAACAGUAUCAAGCAUGUCAACUGUAGAAAUGGAGGUUUUUUCGAACACCCAACUCAUAAUUAUGACCAUUUUGAUGUUAUUGGGAGGAGAGGUUUUCAUUUCCAUGCUUGGACUUCAAAGUGCCAAGUCCAAGAUUGUCAUAUUUCAUGAUAACAAGGUUGAUGUAGAACUCAACUCUGCUUCUAAGACCUCAUUCGAUCGAAUUGAGUUAGGUUUGAUCACCCUUUCACAGUCAGAGGGUGAGCAGAAACCUAAUAUUCAUCACGAUCUAAAAACCUUUGACUUGGAUAGUAUUACUAUCAAGUACAAGUCUAUCAGGUCUCUAGCUUCUGUGGUUUUAGUUUAUCUUCUAGUGGUUCAUAUAGGUGGUUCAACUCUAGUUUCAUUGUACAUAACCCUUGUUCCAAGUGCCAGACAAGUACUCAAAAACAAAGGCAUUGAUCUCCUAACCUUCGCUGUUUUCACAACGGUUUCCACCUUCGCAAACUGUGGUUUCAUCCCCACCAACGAGAACAUGAUUGUUUUCAAGAACAAUUCUGGGCUUCUACUUCUUCUAAUUCCUCAAAUCCUUCUCGGAAACACCUUAUAUCCGGUGAUUCUUCGAUUUAUUAUCUGGAUUUUGGAGAAAAUCACUAGGAGGAUGGAGUUCAGUUACAUCUUGAAAAAUUAUAAUGAAUUAGGUUACAGUCAUAUGAUAUCUGGUCUUCGUUCUGUUCUUCUACUUGUCACUGUACUGGGGUUCAUAGCAGUUCAGCUGAUACUAUUUUGUGCCAUGGAGUGGAAAUCCGAAGCCAUGAAUGGUCUGAGUGGCUAUGAGAAAUUUGUGGCGUCAUUGUUCCAAACUGUGAAUUCCAGGCAUGCUGGUGAAUCAGUUGUUGAUCUCUCCAUCAUCUCUCCGUCAGUAUUGGUGCUAUUUGUCUUGAUGAUGUAUCUUCCACCGUGUACUACAUUUGAUCCAGCAAUUGGUGGUUGUCAAGAAGGUGAUGCUUCAGAGAAAGAAGAAAUUCGAAACCCAAGAGAGCCGUUGAUGGAGUCUCUGAUAUUCUCACAGCUCUCUUAUUUAACCAUCUUUGUCAUACUCAUUUGCAUCACAGAGAGACACAAGAUGAAGGAAGAUCCCCUCAACUUCAAUGUGUUGAAUGUUGUCACAGAAGUAAUAAGUGCAUAUGGAAACGUUGGGUUUUCAACGGGCUACAGUUGUAAACGUCGACUGAAUUCUGGGGGUGAUUGUGAAGAUGCAUGCUACGGAUUGGUUGGAAGAUUUAGUACCGAAGGAAAGUUCAUCGUUAUUCUUGUCAUGUUAUAUGGAAGGCUAAAGAAAUUCAGUAUGAAGCAGGGCAAAGCAUGGAAGCCAUCGUAGCAUUCAAAAUGACAAGGACGCCGUCGCUGCCAGUGUUACCGGAAAUGCCAUACCCACCGGCGAUCUAGAUCGCACAAAUCCGAUCAGGGGAUGUUAGCGAUCCGGAUCGCUUAGUUGAGCGUUCCUCCUCCUUUCAACUUGUUCUCUGCAAAUCUGCAUCUUCUCAAGGCAGGCCAUCUGCCCCUCAUUCAGGACAACCUCCUCUUCCACUACACUGACGACGAGCUUCUCUUCCACUACACAGACGACGAGCUCCGCCUAUGCCUCCGCCUCCGCCUCCGCCUCCAUCUCAAACAAUAUGAAUCCGAAUCCGAUCAUUCCAAUGAAAUUUGUGCUUGGAGCCUUGGAGGAAGUCAAAGACUCGGAGGAAAGGAACAAAGAGCAGCAACCGUGUGGGAAAUACACU